ACCCGUGAUACUUUUAACUCUGUGCUCUUUCUCGCCCUUUAUUCGUUCUACUACUUGCCCACCAUGAAGCUGCUUAGCGUCAUCACCGGCCUCACCGGCUGUGCAACCGCCGUCGAGCUCCACGGUCCGCUCUUUGGCGGCUUUGACAACAGCUUCGCCUCUCGCAUUCCAUCCAGCUACGAGUCCGCCGUUCAGGGCCGCCGCGUCCUGGCCCUGACGAAGCUCGGCACGCUGUCAUCGACGUUUCCCAAUUCUUCAUCGUCGUCGUCGUCGUCGUCGUCGUCGUCGUCGUCGUCGUCGUCCAGCGAAGAUGCUGCUGACGCGACGGAGAAUCGGCCAGAAGGUCUCGACGGCCAGCCAUUCGGCCAGAUGGAGUACAUUGCCGACUGCGAAGGCCAAGGGCACCCGACAUUGCUAGCCAUCAGGAUUUCCACCAGCUACAGAAACGCCCAGGCGGGAUCCAACCUUACGCUGUCCGUGCAAUGGACUCCGCCAUACCCGCCCGCCAGGCGCAUUCCGCUGCUGUCGCGUCUGCUUUCAUACUUUCCGUACAUCAGCGACAAGUACGACGAUGUAGCAGAUGGUUCGUCUCUCCCGGACACGGUGCCCUACUCUGCGGCCAAUCUCCCCCGAUUCUCGCUGAUUGGCUACCUCGAGCCCAUCCAGCCCGAUCUCAAGGAGUCUCUCCGGCUCGCCUACUGCUACACGUCCAAGCACCCGGACGCAAAGUAUUGGCUGCCAGGCAACAAGAUUCACACCAGUGAAUGGGCCAGACUGGUGGUCACAAAGGUGUACUGGAUUGGCGGCUUCGGCGACCGUGCGUACAUUGGAUGGAUCCCCAUUGAGGAGUGGAACAAGGUGACCAAGGACGAGUGGGAGCAGGUUCAGCUGCCUGGCGAGAAGAAGGGCUGGAGCGAGUGGAGCGCGGCCGAUGAGGGUGAUGAGCUUUGAUUUACCAGGUAGCAGGAUUUGAUUUUUGCGUGACCUGUCUAUUGUGGCGAAGAGGUGGCCAUGACCAAAUUUGUAUGACCAAUGUGUGUGACUGGACGAUAUGAUGUGGCAAUGUUACAUGUAGUCUAGCUGUGUCAAUGAUGUUACGUUUUACAGUUUCAUCUUCUCUCUUUUUUUUACCUGACCAUUUUCGCAAGCUAGCAUCAAUACUAUCAAUACUACAAUCAUUAUUUUUUAGGAC